CCUUGUUAAUACCCUCUCAUACUUUGUUCCAAUUGAGAAAAAAAUCUCAGACCUUAUCCAAAAAAGUGAAAAAAUGAUGCAAGAAACAGAACAUAUACAUUACUUCAUUUAAACUCCAAUUUUCUCACUCCAUGGAAAACUCAUGGAUGCAUAUGUUCAAGUAAAUUUCCUUCUUUCCCCUUUUAACUUAGUUCUUAUAUAUACCUUACCUUGAGGUAGAAACAAGAAAAACUAAAAGCCAAUAAAAGUUAAGAAAAAAAGAAAUUGAGGAUGUCUCUAUCUUGUUUAAUAUUUUUGGUCUCAAACUCAAUCUUCCUUUUGUCUUUAUUUUCAUUUACAAUUCAUGCCCAUCGCUGCACUGAGGACUUUUUGUCUGUAGCCCAGAGCAGAAAUCUAACAUUAUGCAAGAGAUACGAACAUAGCAGUGGCGUUGAGUUUGGAUGGAAUUUCGAGAACACAACUCAGACUCUCCAGGUAAUGGUGGGAGCUAGAUUAGAAAGUGAAACAGGGUGGCUAGCUUGGGGUUUGAACUUUGGACCAGAACCAAGAAUGGUGGGGACCCAAGCACUUAUUGGUAUCAAACAAACAAAUGGUUCAUUUCUUGGUGACACGUACAAUGUCACACAAUAUAUAAAGAUAGGGUGCAAGCUCUUACCUUCUCUUAUUGAUUUGAAUGUAAGGAAUUUGAAGUUUACUUCUUUGGAACAUCUUCAGUAUCACAUUAUAGAAGCCACUAUACAUCUUCCUCAAACAGUUAAUGAUUCAAGAAUUAAUCAUGUUUGGCAAGUUGGAAAAGUUGCAAUAGGAAUGGAACCCAAGAUUCAUGAUAAACUUCUCCGUAACUAUGAUGGAAAAGAGACCUUUGAUUUGCAUACUGGCACAGCUAUAACUAUUAGAGCUGGUAGACGUCAUCAAGCAAGAGUUGCUCAUGGAGUACUUAACAUUAUUGGUUGGGGUGUAAUAUUGCCUAUUGGGGUGAUAAUAGCUAGGUAUUUCAAAAAGGGACCAAUACAUUGGAAUGAACAUGAUCAAUGGAAACAAGCUCACAAGGCAUGCCAAACAUGUGGAUAUAUUAUUGGUGCAACUGGUUGGGCACUUGGACUCUGGCUUGGAACUUCAUCCAAAUAUUACUCUUUUCCCAAACAUGGAGCUUUUGGUAUCUCCAUCUUCACCUUUGCCACCCUACAAACGCUGGCAUUGAGAUUAAAGCCCCACAAAAACGAUGACCUUCACACAUACUGGAGUAUAUACCAUCUUUCUCUUGGCUAUGCAUUACUGGUAGUGAUUUGUGUCAACAUAUUCAAAGGGAUCAAAAUAAUGCAAGAAGAAGAAAUAUGGAGACCUGCCUACAUCACAGUUGUUGCCUUUCUUACUUUCAUCUUCUUAAUCUUUGAAAUCAUCAAUUGGCUCCGAUUCAAAGUUGAUCAAUUGAAGAAGGAAAAAGACAACUCAGCUGGAACAAUGUCCAAAUCGACAUAGUAAGAAAGAGUCAUCUCAUUUUCUUACUUCUCAAUUCAUUCACUUCAAGACUAGUUGCAGAAAGAAGUCUAGUACUUCUUAUGACGUGUUUUUUUUUUUUUUUUUUUUUUUUCAUUUUGGUAUCUAUGAUGCCAUAUCUUUUUUUUUUUGUUUUUGUUUUUUUUUUAAAUGAUCUUUUGCAGUGAUGGUGGUGUUUCAGUUAGUUUGUGCACUUCAAAACUAUAUAUUUACUAAUUAUGUGUUAACUACCACCAUAACAUAUGUUGUAUAACUUAGUCAUAUCUAUUCUGUUUGAACUAUACAAUGUUUUUUAUUUUUAGGGUGGAGGGGGUUGAUGACCAGACACUUUUCCAAUUAUUAAUAUAUAUAUAUUUUUUUUGUUGAAAAAAAUAACUUAGGUUUAUUCAAAUUUAUUUUUGUAAUAUUUCUUGUGAUUUGACAUAUUAUACUUACUUCCCUCAUUUUGAUAUUUUUGUAAUAGAAGUGACCAUUGAUAAAAUUUAUAUAAUAUUUCAAAUUGCCCUUAUUUUUUUGAUACAGUGAAAAACAAACUAAAUAAAGAUCUUAAAAUCAUUCGUAAGAAAUACGACUUAAGUUUAGUUAAGAGAAGGAAUCCAUGUCUUUAAGUGCAUGAUUUCAAAGUAUCAAAGCCUCUUCAUGAUUAUAUUGUGUUAUUCAUUUGCUAGAAUAUCGGCACAGUGCUUUGCCUCCCUCCAAUUAUGUGUAAUCGUAGCCUUGUUGGCCUUCAACAAAUAUCAACAAUCUUCAAUAAUAGGUUUAAGCAGACGUCACGUCCUCCUCAUUGAUAAGCUUUAAUGCAUUUAGGCAAU